AUGAAGAAAAUCGACGGUUUCCAAAAGACCGAUUCAUUUCGGUAUGAUCGUAACAGUUCUGCUUCAACUAUUUCAUUGUCAUCCUCGUCGGGUUAUGGUUCACGUUUGAGUUUAUCUCAUGCUGCUCCUUCAUCAUCAUCAUCAUCAUCAUCAUCGUCUAGUCGUCGUAUUAGUAUUACAAAAUAUAUUAAAGAGAAAUUAUCACGACACAAAAGUUUAGCAUCACUUGUCCUAUCAUCAUCAAGAACAGAAAUGAACAAUCCAAAUACAGAUAUCUAUGAUCAUGUAUGGAAUUUAGAAGAACAAAUUGAAAAAGUUCGUUUAACCAUAAAUAAACAACUACAAUUCGAUGCUCAAUCUGUUAUUUCAAUGUCAGUUGAUGCACCACAACCAAGAUGUCAUCGAAUAGAUGAUCAAAAUAUACUAUCGGCUGCAGCAUGGUAUCAAGAAGGUUUAUCAGAGGAUAUUUGCGUAGAAUAUUUAAAUUAUGAUGAGAAAUCAAUAGGAUCAUUUUUUAUUCGAUGCAAUUAUAACCAUUCAGAUUCUCCAUAUAUUUUAUCAAUUAAAACUACUCGAACAUCAAUUGAACAUUUUUUUAUUCAACAAACAUUCGAUAAUCAUACGUAUCGUAUACAGGGUUCGUUAAAAACAUUUGCUAAUUUAAGUACACUUGUUAUUCAUCAUACAGUAAUGCGGGAAAAUCUGCCUGUUGCACUUGUCUUGCCAUUAACGUAUUCGACAUUAAAUAGCCCACAGCACUCAUCAUCAUUAGGUAUUAUUCGUUCCGUACGAUUCUAG